GUACACAAAAACAAUCCAGGUGAAAGGUUUGUUGGCGGCGAAGUUUAACCGUCAGACGCUUCAUAUGCUUUAACUGAGUUUAUCAGUCAAGAGAAUGUCUUUCUCGGCCUCUUUCGAACCGCAUGUCGCAGCCAUAAUGGAAGCACUGGCCAAAGCAGCGGUGGUCGAAAUAAACAAACUGGUGAGUGACGGGACCACCGUCCUGCGGAUGGAGAUCAGCCGAAGGGACAGCGAGAUCCAGGAGCUGAAGGCGAGUUUGAAGGCGCUGGAAGAUGAACUGUGCAAAGCCCAAGAGGCAGGUGCCAGCCGUGAAACACGGGGAAUUCUGGUGCAGACAGCUGAGAAUCACAACUAUAUGAAAGAUGAAGCAGACGACCAGGAAACAUUUGCCGAUUAUCUCCAGCCAAACAAUGAAGACUUUCAGUCUCAGGGUGAAACAGUGCAGAACUGUGACAUGAAGCCAGUGGUGAAAUGUGAACCAGCAGACGAACAUGAAACAACAGCUGGUAAUGCGACGAGCGCAUGGGCCUUCUUUUCUAUGGAGGCAGUGAAGCCUGAUGACUCACUCUGGCGUCCUCCUGGAAGUAGCUUGUUUGAGAAAAACUCUGUUGAGAAGGAGCAUGAAAUGCCACAUCACAGCCAGACUUUCCCCUCUCACGACGACCAUCAUCCUCACAGAAACACAGAAAGGUCCAUCAACUCUCAACCAAUCACAGCAGAGGAAAUUACAAAUGAUUCUGUGCUUGUACCAGUGGAAGUACAGCCUGAGACGUUGUCUGUGUGCUCAGGAAGGACCGCCGCAGUGUCAGUUCAAAUUGAAUGGGUUGGAGAUGCUUCACAGCCGGCGGUCGCUAGUGAUCAGGCCUUGGAGUCUCCUUCACGACUAAAUGCAGAAGAGCAUGUCGUCAGUUGGAACAACAGGAGAGCAAAGAUUCCGCAGAGAAUCAAUCAGAAAAUGUUUACCUGCUCAGUCUGUGACAAGCGCUUCCUUCGCGCAUUUGACCUAAAGUCACACAAGAUCACACACCAGUCUGUCAAACCCUACAAGUGCAAAUGUGGAAAGUCUUUCAAACAUAAAAACCGCUUCAAUUCGCACCAAAGAGUGCACACAGGAGAGAAGCCUUUCAGCUGUAAAAUCUGUUCCAUGCAGUUUUCUAGGAAAGACAACUGCCUGAGACACCAGCGGUUCCACAGUGGCCUUAAGCCGCACAGCUGUGGUGUGUGCGGGAAAAACUUCACUCUUCCGUUUCACCUCAGAAGACACCAGAAGCUUCACCUUUGAAGACAGCACCAUUCAGUAACAUGAUAUUAACUAUUUCUGUUCACAUACAGUACAUCUUUGAGCCAUUGUCUCAGGCCUACAUCAGAUGCAGUGACCAUAUUGUGUCGUCAGCAUUGAUGCCAACUUAACACUUUUGUUGCUAGAUUUGGAAUUUUUCAGACUACCCUAGCAACUGACUUUUUGUGUAAAGAAAAAGAUGUAUUUAUUCAAAAUUCUUGUAUCGGUGGCAAAAAACAUAACUGUGUCUUGGUGUAAGCCAUUACCCCCUACUGUUGGUCAACGGAAAGAGGGACUCAUCAGGGUAUAUACAGUGGAAAAAAUAACCUCAGCAUUACCAUGGUCUUAUUUAGGAAGAGAUGGAACCCAUUAACGACUUAUUUUGGACUGACUUUACAGAGCAUUAAGUUGGUUUUUGCAUCAUAUUUGUAUUUUUGGAUAAAGGUAAAAGGGUGUGUUUCUGCACAGUUAUCAAGCACUGUUGUUAUUGAUUUAUCUUGAUUUUACUUUCUAUUUAUUUUCUGAUCCUGACACUGUCAUAGGAGUAAGGUACCACUUUGCCGAGAGGUUCUCUGUUCAUGUUUAUUUUUUGUUGUUUGCUUUGUCAUGUAAUAAAAGAAUCUGAAGCUUUUAACAAGGAACAUUUUGUGAAUGUAUUUAAGAAUUA